CUGACAGCAUCAUGAUAAGAACCUUCUAUGGACAGAUUAAACUAGGUAAAAUUAGCCAUCAACGCAAACAAGAUGGAUUGACUACUAUGCUAAACAAGGAUAUGUCAGAAACAAUUACACUGAGUUUCACGUUGAGAAGGGCCGAGAAAAGUGGAAGAGAAAGAGCACUCAUUUGCACAGCAGUCUUCAAGUCUUACUUCACUGCUAUUGCCCACACUAAUUUGGUCAUCAUAGGAUUACACUUUUUCUAAGAACUGUGAGCAAUUUUAUUAGAAGAACCUCUUUGGACAUUUCUUGAGUAAGAGAGGAGAAUCUUAAAAAGCCAAGUAUCUCACUGUAACCCAAGAUGUCUGAUAACGCUGCAGCUGCUAACCUCAAUGCAAAAGACUCAACAGGGCCAACAACCCCACGAAAGGGGCCUCCGAAAUUCAAGCAAAGGCAAACAAGACAAUUCAAGAGCAAGCCCCCUAAGAAAGGAGUAAAAGGUUUUGGAGAUGAUAUCCCAGGAAUGGAAGGACUUGGAACAGAUAUCACUGUGAUCUGCCCCUGGGAAGCUUUCAGCCAUCUGGAACUUCAUGAAUUGGCACAGUUUGGAAUAAUAUAAUCAACCAGAAUUCCUGCUUGUCUCUGAUGGCAUCUAAAGUUUCUAUCUUCAUUACAUACAAUUCCUGUUUUCAUCAUUCCAUCCAAAAUAUUAACAUUUUGUUUUGUAAAUAAGGGUCAAUGUGAAAACUUGCUCUUGGAUUCGUUUUUCAGAAAACUAUGAAAGUCUGCUGAAGUAUUCACCUGAUUAAUUAGCUAAGAACCUUAAAAGCUUCUAUGUUUGCUAUGAAGUAGCUUACAUUUUUUUCUAAAAUAAAAUUGUUAAUAUCUAGAAUUCUAUAAUCUA